AUGCAAGAUAACUUGCCUGUUCUUGGUAUUCCUCGUUUCCAGUCCUUUACAAGUGUAUUUUCAAGAAACGCAAUGGAGGAAUCUUCUAUCCUGAAGACCUUUUCGCCAGGAAAUGGUGAUGAAUUUCACUACAACGUCACUCAGAGAAGCCAAAGGUUCAUAACUUUCUUGAAUCCCAAAACACCCACACAGCUAAAGUCACACACGGUGGUGCUGCACGGUCCCGCGGGCGUCGGGAAGACCACUCUGGCCAAGAAGUGCAUGCUGGACUGGACGCAGGACGACCUCGCACAGACCUGCCCCCACGCCUUCUACCUCAGCUGCAAGGUGCUCAGCCGCAAGGGGACGUGCUCCUUCGCACAGGUGCUGGCCGAGAGCGCCCCAGACCUGCGGGAUGCCCUUCCGCAGCUCCUCGCCCAGGCGCAGAAACUCCUGUUCGUCCUUGAUGCUUUUGAGGAGCUGCGCGUGCCCUCGGGGGUGGGGGCGCUGGUGCACGACCUGUGUGGCGACUGGAGGACGCAGAGACCUGCGCCUGUCCUCCUGGGGAGCUUGCUGAAGAGAAAGCUCUUACCCACGGCCACCCUACUGGUCACCACGCGGCCCGAGGCCCUGAGGGAGCUGCGGUUCCUGGCGGAGCGGCCACUCUUGGUGGAGAUGGAAGGGCUCUCAGAACGCGACAGGAGGGCGUAUUUCCUGCGACACUUUGGAGAGGAGGCUCGGGCGCUGCGCGCUUUCCACCUGAUGAAGAGCAAUGCGGCGCUGUUCCGCAUGGGCGCGGCGCCCGCCGUGUGCUGGAUGGUGUGCACCUGCCUGAGGCUGCAGAUGGACGAGGCCGAGGACCCCCGCCCCACCUGCCAGACCGCCACGUCGCUGCUGCUGUGCUUUCUCUGCAGUCGGUUCGCGCCGGUGCGGGGCAGCUGCCCGGGUCCACACCUCGCGGCUGCGCUGCGCGCCCUGUGCCUGCUGGCCGCCGAGGGCACGUGGGCGCAGACCUCGGUGUUCGAUGGACACGACCUGCGCAGGCUGGGCACGGACGAGUCUGACCUGCGCCCUUUCCUGGACAGAAGCAUCCUCCAGAAGGGCAGAGACUGUGAGGGCUGCUACUGCUUCGUGCACCUGAGCGUCCAGCACUUCCUGGCCGCUGCGCUCUACGUUCUGGGCAGCGAGGACCACCAAGACGCGGGGAGCCCCGGCUGGAACAUUGGGGGUGUGCAGAGGCUGCUGUCCAAGGAAGAAGGACUCAAGAACCCCCACCUGGCCCCCGUGGGGCGCUUCCUAUUCGGCCUCGCCAAUGAAAAGAGGGCCAGGGAGUUGGGGACCACGUUUGGCUGCCCGGUGUCCACGGAGGUCAAGCAGGAGCUACUGGAAUGCAGAAUAAGGUCCGCCGAGAACAGACCCUUCUCCUCGGUGACCGACACGAAGGAGAUUUUGUACUGUCUCUAUGAAUCCCAAGAGGAGCAGCUUGUGAAGGAGGCCAUGGCCCAGGUCACGGAAGUGUCCCUGCAUUUGCAAGAUACCUCGGACAUGGUGCACGCAGCAUUCUGCCUCAAGCAUUGUGAAAACUUGCAGAAAAUGUGGCUGCGGGUAGAAAAGGGGACGUUCCUGGAGAAUGAUGCUGCAUGGGAAUCAGAGGCUCAGGCUGACCGGUCACAGCACGACCAUGUCUUUCUCCAUCUCUGGAUCGAUCUCUGCUCGGUGUUCAGUUCAAAUGAGAAUCUGUGCUUCUUGGAUGUGAGCCAAAGCUUCCUAAGUCACUCCUCUGUGAGGAUUCUUUGUGAGCAAAUCACCCGUGUCACCUGUCAUCUCCAGAAAGUGGUGAUUAAAAAUGUUUCCCCUGCUGAUGCUUACCGGGACUUGUGUCUAGCUCUUGUUGGUAAGAAGACUCUGACGCACCUGGUCCUGGAAGGUGGCGUCCACAGUGACAAGCUGCUGCUUCUGCUGUGUGAGACUCUGAGGCACCCGAGAUGCAAUCUGCGGUAUCUGAGGCUGGGGUCUUGUUCUGACACCACUCAGCAGUGGGCUGACUUCUCCUCGGCCCUUGAAGUCAACCAGUCCCUGAAAUGCCUGGAUCUCACAGCCAGUGAGCUCCCGGACGAGUGCACCAAGUUGCUGUGCAUGACUCUGAGACACCCAAAGUGCUUCCUGCAGAGGCUGUUGUUGGAAAACUGUCACCUUGCAGAAGCCUGUUGCAAGGAGCUCUCCUCUGCUUUGAUUGUCAACCAGAGGUUGACGCACCUGUGCUUGGCCAACAACAACCUUGGGGAUGGUGGGGUAAAGCUUUUGUGUGAGGGUCUGAGUUACCCCGACUGUCAACUACAGAAUCUGGUGUUAUCGCAUUGCAACAUAACCAGACGCGGCUGCAGGUACAUCUCAAAGCUCCUCCAAGAAGAUUCGAGCUUAACAAACUUGGAUCUGGGUCUCAAUCCCAUAGCUACUGGAUCGUGGUUUCUCUGUGAGGCCUUGAAGAAGCCAAAUUGUAACCUAAGAUGUCUAGGGCUCCGUGGCUGUUCCAUCACUUCUUCCUGUUGUCAGGGUCUUGCAUCUGUUCUCAUCAGCACUCAGAGGCUGGAAACUCUGGACCUGGGCCAGAAUAUCUUGGGGCAAAGUGGAAUAACGGUGCUCUUUGAGGCUUUAAAACAGAAUAACAGCCCCUUAAAGAUACUCAGGUUGGAGAUAGAUGAAUCUAGCGUGGAAAUCCAGAAGCUGUUGAAGGACGUGAAAGAUCACAAUCCAAAUCUGACCAUUGAAUGCAGUGAUGCCAGAGCGAGCCUGUCCCCAUGUUGUGAAUUCCUGUCUUGA